AUGGCUGAUAAAAAAGAAAAUAUUAUUCCUGUAGAUAACAAUAAUGUGUCUAAUGUUAAAUCUUCUACAGAUACUGUUUAUAAUCAAGAAAGUUUAUCUAGUAAUAUAGAACUUCGUGAACCAAAAGUGGUACCUAAUCCAAUACAAGAAAUAAAAACUAAUUCUGCAUAUCUCACAGUGACAAAUGAGCGUGAUAAAGAAAUUGAAGAAGCUAAAAAACUUUUGACGAUCCAAAAGUAUGAAGAUAACAAAGAUACUAAUAAAGAACCAUUAACACUUAAUAUUUAUGAUUUAAUUAAAAGACAUGCAAAAUAUAAUAAAGAACUGGCAAUAUUUUAUUAUUUAGAAGAAAUUGACUUUAUCUUAUCAAAGAUGAUUGAUGUUUUUAAACCUUUAAGUACACUAAUUGAAAUAAAAACUCCUGUUAUUGUUUGUGGAGACAUUCAUGGACAAUUAAAUGAUUUAUUAUUAAUUUUUAAAAGAUUUGGAGUUCCUGGUGAUAAAACAUAUCUUUUUCUUGGAGAUUAUAUUGACAGAGGAAAUAAUUCAAUGGAAGUAAUAAACUUUUUAUUUCUUCUUAAACUUCAUAAACCAAAUAAUAUUCAUUUAUUAAGAGGAAAUCAUGAACUACAGCACAUUAAUAAAGUUUAUGGAUUUUAUGAAGAGAUUACAGAAAGAUUUACUAAUAUUGAUGUUGCUGAAGAUAUAUAUACAAAAUAUAAUGAAAUUUUUAAAUAUCUUCCUUUAGCAGCAUUAGUUUCCAAUAAAAUUCUUUGUAUGCAUGGUGGAAUUUCAGAUAAAAUGCAAAGUUUAAACGAUAUAAAAAAUAUACCUAGACCAUUAUCAACUGUUGAUGGAAUUGCCUGUGACUUGUUGUGGGCAGAUCCAGAUGAUGAAAUAACAGGAACAUUAUUUAAUAAUGCAAGAGGUGUUUCAAUAAAAUUUGGUGAAGAUUUUUUAGACAAAUUCUGUGAAAAAUUUAAAUUAGAUAUGGUAAUAAGAGGACAUCAAGUUUGUAAGAUUGGUUUUGCUGUUUUCAAGAAAGGAAAACUUAUUACUGUAUUUAGUGCCAGUGAUUAUGAUGAAGAAAUGAGAAAUUUAGCAGGGGUAGUACGUAUCAAAAGUAAUUAUGGUGUUCAACCAAUAUCUUUAAGGUGUCCUAAAGUAGAAAGAGAAAAACGAAGAAGAUUAAAAGAAAAAGAAUAUGAAAUAACAAAAGAUGUAAAUGAUAAUUCAAAAUUAUAA